AUGAACGAACGGUCAUUAAUUUUGACGGCGUCGAUGCCCAUGCUGACGACAGUGAAGCGAAAAAUGGACGCCAAUGUGGACAUACUUGAGCAGUGUCGACAACGUUGUAUUCUACUUCGACAGACUCGCCGAAAUACGGUAGUGUUGGCGCUUAUGGUAUCGUUCUUCUUCAUUUCGUGGUGUCCGCACAACGUCGUCUCUGUGGCGUUGGAGUUCAGUGACGGUGGAGCGUUCCUCAUCCACGACACGAACUACUCCUAUCUUGCAAGCCUCAUGUCUCACAGUACCGCAAUGAUCAGCAUCAUAGCAAAUCCGGUGCUAUACGGCUUCCUCAACCGAGGCUUCAUCUCUCAUGUACGUCACGAAUGGACGAGUUCAGUGCGGAGGUUUCGACGGAAUGAUGCAGAAAUCUGUGCCGCUUUAAUGUAG